CAGCAACAUCUUUCCAGAAGCACAACGUGUAGGUGGCUAAAGGAGAUGCUGUAGGCGACAGCCAACCUCGCUCCAGCUUCCUAGGCCAGUGCCUCAUGGAUGAUCGGCACUUUUAUUGCGUGAUCCUGUAAGCUAGGAACAUGAUCACUGCUGCCGUUUAGUAGGCUUAACAUUAUAUCAAGCAUCUGGUUAGAAGUAUGUGGGGCAACUUCGACUUGGGAAAGCUUGGUGAACAGCUUUCAGCUGUGGCGGGUGAAGCACUGCAAAAGGCAACUGCAGAUGUGGAGAGAAGUAUUGACAAUACUCUUGGAAUUAAAGGAGUCCCAGAUACAAAACAGACAUCAGGGCCUGCUCCUGAGCACCAGGCGAAUGUGACCAGCACAAACGGGCAAUCGCAUGCGCCAGAGCAACCAGCGUCACCCGACGCACCCGCUGCAAAGCCAACUCAAAAGAAAAUUGUGCGGAAAGUGAUCCGCCGUGUUGUCAAAAGCAGCGCAGACGCACCUUCUGGCGCAACAGCAGCAACACCUGCUCCCGCUUCGGGCGGCACGGCUACCGCCCCCAUCGAGGGUGCCAGCCCCGCGGCCCCAAAGGAGCCCCAGGAUGCUGCUCCGCAAGCGUCCCCCAGCCCAGCCGCCUCUGCUUCUGGAGCUGUGGUGGCACCAGCCCCAUCCCAGGAUGGUGCCGGCCCUGACGCGGCCAUGCCAGAUGGGCCGGCGGACUCUUCAGCUAACACCACUGACCCGGCACAAGAGGACCAGCAGCAGCUGCUGCCCGCGGUCGCAGCCGCAGCAGCAGUCACCGCCUCCCAGCCGCCCAGCAGCCGGGAGCACAGGGCAUCUGUUGACGGCGUGGGAAACGCAUCUGCGCAGCAUCCGCCUCCGCUUCCGCCGCAGGAACCCGAGGGGCCGGCCGGCUCGCACGAGCAGCUGGCAGGACUGCGUGAUGACGGGCCUGCAGGGGAGCUUAUGUUAGCCGGCAGCAGCAGCGGCGGCUUGGGGAACCAGGCGGCUGCGACGGGGCUGCAGCAGCAGCAGCAGUCUCCAGCUGGCGGGGAGGCGCAGGGUGCAUCUGCUGCUGCUGCUGAGGAGGAGAGCCGGCGGGCGAAGGAGGGCGGGGAGCAGCAGCAGAGGCAACCGGGCGCGGAGGGCACUGCUGCUGCGGCGGCAGGAGCUGAGGAGGGCUCGACCUCCCCGUCGGGCGGAGGUCUUGUUGCGGCUGUGUUGUUGACUCAGCCCGAGGUGUUGUCGCCCGCUGUGGAAGGUGGAGCAGCAGCAGCAGCAGCAGCCGGAGCGGCCGCCACUGCAGCCGGCUGCGAGCCGGGAGCAGCAGGGGAGCGACAGGCGGGGCCGGCGGAGCCAAGUGCCGAUGCAGCAGCAGGCACUGGCACUGGCAACCAUGCUGCUUCCGACUCCCAUUCCCUAGCUGCUGGUACCGCGUCCAUCUCCCUUCCCGCUGAGGCUAACAGGGAGGGAGCGGGGGGUGCGGUUGCGGGUGCGGGCACCACAGCAGCAGUGGCGGCUAAUAACGGCGGUGGGCAGCAGGAGGGCGUUGCUGCGGAGUUGCGUCGGCAGGUGGCUGAGCUGCGGUGUCAGCUGGGGGAGCGGGAGGAGCGGCUGCAGCGGCGGGAGGAGCAGGUGGAGGAGCUGAAGCAGACGGUCUCCCAGCUUCAGACCCGCAACUCGGAGCUCUCCCAGGCCGCUGCUGCUGCUGCCGCCCAGCAACAACAGCAACAACAACAGCAGGCCUCCGCCUCCUCCGCCCCCCCUGAGGACUGGACCGCCCUGCGUUCCGAGCUGGAGGGCCGCCUAGCUGCAGCCGAGCGCAAGGUGUACGCGCUGAGCAAGGAGCGGGACGCGCUGCGGAAGGGCUCGGAGAAGCUGGCGGAGUACGGGGCGGUGAUCAAGGAGAAGGAUGCGACCAUAAAGCAGGUUUUGGAGGAGGGUGAGAAGCUGAGUCGCAAGCAGGUGGAGCUGGAGGGCGGGAUGAAGCGGCUGCGGGGGCAGCUGGCGGCUGCGGAGGCGGAGCGGGAGCGGCUGGCGGGGCGGCUGGCGGCGGAGGAGGCGGCGGUGGGGGAGCUGCGCAGGGGGAGGGCCAAGCUGGAGAAGGAGCUGCAGGCGACAGGCGAGCAUGCGCGUGCCGAGCUGGAGGCGCAGCGGGAGCAGUUCGAGCAGCUGCUGCAGAAGGCCAGGAGCGAACAGGCUGAGGCCGAGGAGCGGGCUCGCGAGGCGGUUGCCGCGGGUCUGUCCCGCAAGCUGCGCGAGUCGGAGGCGCGGUGCGAGGCGCUGGCGGAGUCGUGCGGCGAGCUGCGGGAUGCGCUGGACCGGCAGCGGCAGGCGGCGGACCUGCGGGAGGAGAUGCUCAAGGCCGACCUGUCCGACCUGUCCCGCCGCUGCCAGGCUGCUGAGCUGCGGCACCAGGACCUGGCGUCCAAGCUGCCCGAGGCCACCCGCCCGCUGCUGCGGCAGAUAGAGGCGCUGCAGGCGGCGGUAGAGGCGCAGACGGAGGCGUGGGCGGGCGCGGAGGGGGCGCUGCAGGCACGGCUGGGGGAUGCGGAGGGGCGGGCGGCGGCGGCGUCGGAGCAUGAGAGGCUGGCGGUGGAGAAGGCGCAGAUGUUGUCCGCCAAGCUGGCGGGUGCGGAGGCCUCCCUGGCCGCCAGCCGGGGGGAGGUGCGGGCGCUGCAGCAGCAACUGCAGCAGGCGGGGCAGGCGGCGGCGGAGGCGCGGGAGGCGGCGGCGGCGGCGGGGCUGCAGGCGGAGGCGCUGGGGGAGCGCUGCAGGCUGCUGCAGCAGCAGGUGGUGCAGCUGGAGUCUGCCCUGUCGGAGGCGCGCGAGGCCGCCGCCACUGCCGCCGCCGCAGCGGAGGCGGCUGCCGCGGGGGUGCGGCGGGAGUACGAGCGGCGGCUGGCGGAGGCGGAGGCGGAGGGGGCGGCGCUGCGGGCGCAGCUGGCGGCGGAGGAGAUGAGGAGGACCCCCGAGCCCCCCGCCAUGGCCGCCCCGGGCUACCGCUGGGUGCUGUUGAAGGAGGGGGAGGCGCCGCCGGGGGGGCAGCAGCAGGCGGAGGGAGGCCCUCUCUCCACCUCCCCCUCCGCCUCCUCCGCCGGCGCCGCCAGCCAGUGGGGCCCCUCCACCUCCGCCUCCUCCGCCACUGCCGACCUGCUAGCAGCCACACGACAUGGGCCCGGCUCUAGCAGCCAUGCCAACCAACACCACCACCACCAUCACUCUCACUCCCAGGGCGGUGCAGCGCAUGGCGGCGGUGAGGGGGGUCCCGGCGGGGGCCUGGUGGCGGAGGUGGAGUCGCUGCGUGCGGCGCUGCGGGCUCGAACCGGGGAGCUGGCGGUGGCGCAGCAGCAGGUGGCGGAGCUGGAGGCGACGAGGGACAGGCUGGCUGAGGAGCUGGUGGCGGGCGCAGCUCGCAGCGAGGCGGCCGCGGAUGCGCAGCAGCAGGUGGCGGUGCUGGGUGCGGAGGUGGCGGAGCUGCGGGGCCGACUGGCGAAUGCGCUGGAGCUAGUGGGCGAGCGCGACGAGCGAGUUGAGGAGCUGCUAGCUGACCUGCAGGACGUGAAGGUCAUGUACAAGGACCAGAUAGAGUUCAUGUGCCAGCAGCUGGCGGAGCUGCAGGGAGGGGGGGC